CAAAUACUUGCUAAUAUAUUUUUUUACUUACACAUUUAACUACUUGUCUACUCAACAAAUAUAUAUAUAUAUAUAUAUAUUUUUUUCUUAAAAGUUUCUUAUCUCGUAAUUCUUAGAAUGAAUACCGUGAAGGAAUUAAUAAAUGACAGUUUCAAAGAAAAGGAGCCCUGGCAAAUCGUGACGAUAACAACAGGGUCAGUACUUGGCGCUGUCUGGAUAUGGAACUUUUGUAACCAAGAUGAGAGUAUUGCCGUACGUAGUAAAAAACAAAUUUUUAAAUUGGCACGUUACAUUCCAUCAGUUCGAGAGCAAAUCGAACGUGAGCUGAAUAAUCUCAAUGAUACUUUUGAAAAUGAGACUAAGAAUCGUCUCAAGGGAGUGCAAUUCGUGACCACUUUACCCAAGAAGGGUCUAAAUCAUGACCAAGUUAUUGAAGCUGUCAAACAAUCCGUGCAAAUGGGUAGCUACGAUUGGAAAAAUGGUAAAGUAUCGGGAACUGUUUACAUGAAUGAUGAAAAAUUAAUUAAUUUGAUGGCUGACGUUUAUGGAAUUGCUUCGUACACAAAUCCCCUGCAUCCUGAUGUAUUUCCUGGUGUCUGUAAAAUGGAAGCUGAAGUUGUCAGAAUUGCUUGCCGUUUAUUUCAUGGCGAUGACAAUACAUGUGGAACUAUGACAAGCGGCGGUACUGAAUCAAUUUUACUGGCAUGCAAAGCGUACCGCGACUACGCACGCGAUGUCAGAGGAAUAAAACACCCAGAGAUGGUGAUACCGGUAACAGCACACUCGGCUUUUGAUAAAGCUGCCCAAUUUUUAAACAUUAAAGUACGCGCUGUACCGGUUAAUCCUAAAAGUUUUUCAGUCAGCAUCGAUGCCAUGAGAAAAUCUAUUUCUCGAAACACAAUAAUGCUCGUUGGCUCAGCGCCAAAUUUUCCUUACGGCACGAUGGACAAUAUCGAAGAAAUAUCAAAACUAGGAGUUAAAUAUUCAAUUCCAGUACACGUUGACGCGUGUCUAGGUGGAUUUUUAUUGUGUUUCAUGCCUGAUGCAGGUUUCACUGUACCUCAGUUUGAUUUUAUUUUACCUGGAGUUACUUCUAUUUCUGCUGACACUCACAAAUAUGGAUAUGCACCGAAAGGAUCAUCAGUAAUUUUAUAUAAAACUAAAAAGUAUCGUCAUUAUCAAUUUACAAUAACUACAGACUGGCCUGGCGGUAUCUACGGCUCUCCAACAGUGAGUGGGUCACGUGCUGGUGGAAUAAUAGCCGCAUGUUGGGCAGCAAUAAUGCACUUUGGUUACGAUGGUUAUUUGGAGUCAACUAGAAAAAUAAUCCAGACAACAAAAUACCUCGAAUCUGAAUUAAGAAAAAUAGACAGUCUAUUUAUAUUCGGUACUCCGAGUACUUCAGUUAUCGCACUGGGUUCAGAUAAAUUUCACAUUUAUCGUUUAUCUGAAGGACUCGGUUCCAGAGGCUGGAAUUUAAAUACACUACAGUUCCCAAGUGCGAUACAUUUGUGCGUAACUUAUGUACACACGCAGCCAGGUGUUGCUGAUCAGUUUCUGGAUGACGUUAGAAAUGUUGUGACUGAAAUAAAUAGCACACCUGACGUCUCUGUCGAAGGACGGCUCGCGAUGUAUGGAAUGAGUCAGAGUCUACCGGACCGCACUGUCGUCGGUGACUUGACUAAAUUAUUCAUCGACUCUGUGUACUUUAUUCCCGAGGAGGAAAAAAAUUAGCGGCGCUUAAAUCUUGCCGAUUGAUCGCGCUACUGAUACCUGGAGCGUUCUAGAUUUUUCAAAUUUUAUCCAGCGGUAAUUGGUUACCACAAGUAUAAAGUUAUAAAAACAAAAAUCUCAAGAGGUUUUCUGCACAGAAAAAAAAGAAUAAGAAUUCAUUCCUAGUGCAAAAUAUUUUUUGUACAAAAAUUUUUUUUUCUGCAUAAUGGAGACGUGAUUUAUUUUAUUACCAUAACUGUAGCGCGAUAUUGCCAUUGUUGUACAAGUAUUUGAACGCAUACUUGGCGCGAGACACUACCGUGUCUCUGGAACAAUUAAUUACUAAAAAAUAUUUUUCACAUAAAUUUAUAUAUGGAUUGUUUUUUAUGAAUAAAUAUAUAUAUAUAUA